UAAUUCUAUAGCCUUUGUUUUCCACCACACGCAUCUAUUUCGCGUGUAGCUUGAAUUGUUGCAAUAAGCAAGUGUCCAAGUCUCCUACGGGUGGAGAUGUUUCGUGGCUCUGCUGCAAACUUGGCCCUCCUUUGAGCCAAAGGCAAUCAUUGGCAAACACAGCAACUCAAAGGCGCGUGUUGUUGUGACUUGUGUGUGAGCUUUACAUUUUAACUAUCACGGAUUCACAUUACACCAUUAUAACAUGUGGACAACCAAAGUAACCAAACCACCCACAGACCCCACCAUGAAAGACCACAAGCAUACCACUUUAAUCAUUUUGAUCAGCUUUACUGAUUGUGUGCUUUGUUUUACUACUUCUAGCUUUCAAACAAAGGAGGGUUUGUUCCGUUGUUUCUCGGCUAGGGUGGUCUUUGCAUAAAAGAAACUGAUCUCUCAUUAAAUUCAACCAUCAACCUUGUUCUUGUUCAGUUCGGAGGAUUUAAGGCACUCCCUCACCUUAUCUGACUCCUUCUUGGAACAACAAAACCGUUGCCUCUUCCUAGAUAAAGAACUCUAAAGAAACCCUGUUGCUUCUGUCUCACUUUCUCAUUGCCAUUGUUUCAUCUUUUACUUUUUCCCAUAAAGGCCUUAAAUGCAAAGCUUAAGUGCCAUUUAAUGCCAAAAAUCUUUCUUUCUGUAAAAGAAAAAAUACCACUCAAAAAGGGAGGAAAUUUUAGCUUGGCACACGCCUAUUUAAGCAGUGGAAGUUGCCGCCUUGUUGGUUAGGUGUACGUUCGUUGUGCUUUAAGAGUUUUUUGUCUGGGCUGGUCUGUUUCUUUCUUCUCUGUAGAGUGUUGGAUUUUGACAAAAAUUAAAGAUGAAUUAUUUGGGUGUUGGUGUUAGUCCUGGGAACGUCUCUGUAUACCACGGCACUAAUUUGAAGGUGAUUGAUAGAAGAGUGAGAGUUGCGGAGUUGGUUUUGAGGUGUGUGAUAUGUGGCUUAAGUGUUCUUGCAGCUGUGCUUGUGGGAACAGACACUCAAGUCAAAGAAAUCUUCUCAAUUCGGAAGAAAGCUAGAUUUACGGACAUGAAAGCACUUGUGUUUUUGGUGGUAGCCAAUGGGGUAGCUGCAGCCUACUCAUUGGUACAAGGAGUGCGCUGCGUUGUGGGUAUGGUACGAGGAAGUGUGCUAUUCAGUAAGCCUUUGGCUUGGGCCAUUUUCUCUGGAGAUCAGGCCAUGGCAUACUUGAAUGUGGCUGCUGUGGGAGCUGCAGCACAGUCAGCAGUGUUUGCUAAGUUGGGGCAAACAGAGCUUCAGUGGAUGAAGAUAUGCAACAUGUACGGAAAGUUUUGUAAUCAAAUUGGGGAAGGAAUAGCAAUGGCACUACUAGUUAGCGUUAGCAUGGUGGUCCUAUCUUGUGUCUCUGCUUUCAGUCUCUUCCGCUUAUAUGGUGGCAACAAAGCCAAGAACAACUCCGGGUGGUAGAAUUUGGGUUAGCCAAAACUACCUUGUUUCACUUUGACGGGCUCAUUCCCAAGGGUUGUGUAAUUUAAUGUGUUAUAUAUAUAAAUAUAAUGAUAACAAGAAAAGUGGGGGUGUUAUCAGUUAUGACUCCCAUUUGACAAUAAAUGUAGGUUGGAUUCAUACUUUUUUGAGUCGUUUAAUUUUUCAUGGGUUGAAAAAAACACAGUGCAAGAGACAUUUGAUCAAUGAAUUAUUGUUAGAUAUGUGUAUGGUAGUAAAUAUUAAUUUUGAUU